AUGGAGGAAGCGGAAGCAAGUGCUGCUGCAGAGGCAUUUGUGCUGCACCAUUUGCUGCAGCGUGCUGAGGGGCCCCUAGCGAGGGCCCCUCUUCCUGAUGGGGCCCCCAUUCGUUUUUCGUGGGGCCCCUUUCCUCUCUUUCUUCGCGCAAGACAGCUGGCUGUAGACACCCUGGAGGACGAGUCUGUCGCUUCGUUUGUAAUGGAGGGAGAAGAGAAGGUGGGGCGUUUAGAGUUGCUGCAGCUGGCUGCGCUGCAGUAUAGCUGCCAGCCCCAAGAGUAUUGCAUGCGUCUGCGCAUGCAAACAACUUGGGGAGGAGGGCCUGAGAUCCUCGCCUUAUCACAUGCACUGCGCCGACCAAUAGCUGUCUAUACACUCCAGCGAAGUACGCAGCAACCCCACCAACUCAGACGCACGCCUGCUGCACUUGUGUCGCUGCAGCAGCACAGACGCCGCCAGCAAGCCCUCCUCAAUCUCCUGCAGCAGCCACAGCCCCAGCAGCAGCAGCAGCAGCAGCAGCAGCUGCAGAGGGAGCAGGAGUGUUUGCUGCGGUUGUGUAAAGUGUUUGGCUGGAGGGAGGGCUGUGAAGAGGAGCCCCUACAUUUGCUGUUUAUUAAUGCUGCAGGCCUCAGUGGGGGCCCCUUAGACGGCAACGAAAACCAUUUCGUGCCUCUCUUCCCUGCAGCAACUUAA